AUGCAGAAUUACCAUCGUCUGUUCCUGGCUUCUGAGGAAGGCUAUGACAAGCUCACCAAUCUGUCAGGCAGUGGAGGGGCAGAGGGAUUAAAGGAAAAACCGUCAAGUGACCCAUUUGUGGAUAGCAAGGACACUGGCAGCUCAAACAGUGUGACACUGUCUCUAAGUUCUAUACGCUUUGGGGAUAUUUCUGACGAGGACAGCUACCCCAGCAGUGGAAGUGAGAGUAGAGAGAGCAGCGCAGGCAGUGUGCGAACACGGCAUCCUUGUCCUCCGCCCCUGGAAACACAUCUGAUCACACGCAGAUUGUUACAGAGACAGAAUCUGAACUCAUCACAACUGAGCUCGCUAGAAUUGGAAAUCCCUGCAGCUGCAAAAACAAGUCGGGACUCAGGAAUUGGUUCUGGUGACCCUUCUCCUAAUACAAGCAACUCACCUUCCUCUCAGAAUGUGGAUUCCAUGGUGAACGGAUGUGGACAAAUGAGGCACAACAUCGUGCAUUCUUAUAGUAUUCCUGAAGCAGGAACUAUACAUUUUCAUCACAAAUUGGAUAAGAGAUCCAGGAGCGCAGCAAUGCUGGCUAUCUCACCUAGUCGACUACGAGAAAUCAAUGAUCCGGUUCAACAGAUUCUGCACCAGUUGCACAAAAUUGUUUAUAUAACUCAGUUGCCACCAACUUUAAGCCCAAACCCCAACCGCAGGAUCGUAGAGCAGUACAAGCGGGCCCUAUUUGCCACAGGAAGCAAUGGAAUGAACUUGAAAAGUGAGAUGAGGAAGCUUAUUCAAGGUUCCCAAGACAUCAUUGACAUGAACUUGGGCAGCCCUGAAUACAUCAAGAGAAGCUCACUGGGUUCCGAGCUGGAUUCUCCUUUGGAUCCUGACAAACCUGCGACUCUGUUCUAUGACCCAGACUACAAGGAUGUGGGCAUCACCUACGAAUAUUUGCAGACCAUUCUAGAGGCCCUUCUGGAGGAAAGUGGCUAUUACACAGGAAAAGGGAAGCACUGA